AUGCAUUCGGACUCCAGUCCCAGCAGCAGAGCCUCUUCCCCGGACAUGGACCGCAUGUUCCUGCGAGAACUCCACCCACUGCACCACCUGCACCACCACCACGUCGGCUCCUCAGUGUCCUCCUCCACGCAGAAGAUCUCCGAGCACCUGCGCUCCUCAGACCCCAACUCCGUGUCCGUGGAGAGCAGCAGCAGCUCCAGCAGCAGCAGCAGUUCCAGCAGCAGCAGCAACAAGUACAAGUUGAAGAAGCCGGCCAGCGAGGAGGAGAUGUUCGAGCUGCGGCUGAAGAUCAACGGCCGGGAGCGCAAGCGCAUGCACGACCUGAACCUGGCCAUGGACGGCCUGCGAGAGGUCAUGCCCUACGCGCACGGGCCCUCGGUGCGGAAGCUGUCCAAGAUCGCCACGCUGCUCCUCGCCAGGAACUACAUCCUGAUGCUCAACAGCUCCCUGGACGAGAUGAAGCGGCUGGUGGGAGAGAUCUACGGCGGGCAGCACUCGGCCUUCCACUGCGGCGGGGGGCCCGGGGGUCACUCCGGGGGUCCGGCCGCCGCUGCUGCCGCUGCCGCCGCCGCUGCUGCCGCUGCCCACCACGUGCACCCGCUCCUCGGGGGCGCGCUGUCCUCCUCCGGGUCCUCCUCCCUGUCCUCCGGGCUCCCGGGACUCACGUCCAUCCGGGCUCCGCACGCCCUGAUGAAGGGGGGCCCGGCUGCGCCCCCGGCCCUGCAGCUGGGCCCCGGCUUCCAGCACUGGGCCGGGCUGCCGUGUCCCUGCACCAUCUGCCAGGUGCCCCCCCCAACACACAUCCCCAUCACCUCCACCGGCCUCACGAGACUCACGGGGGAGGGGAAGGACGGGAUGAAGUGA